GUAGAGGACAACUACCAUGAAAGCAAUCCAUAUCAUAACGCUAUCCAUGCUGCUGAUGUGACCCAAUCUAUGCACUGCUAUCUUCAGGAGAAAAAGGUAACCUUGUCCUCUCUAUCAUUAUAUCAUCAAGAAUUCUUUUUUAAUUUGGUAAUUAACUCCAAGGCUGAUGGCUCUGACAUAAAUGACAUAAUAAAUCCUUGACAAAAUGACACAUUACAACAUUUAUCAAAAGCAACUUUGAUGUGUCUCAUUGAUUCACAAAGAUUUUCAAAAAAUUAGUGUAAUUUUUGUAUGCAGAAAAUCAUAUUCAGGGUACCACAUCCUAAUAACUUAGUUUUGAAAUUAGCUUUAAUUAACCUUAAAUAUAUUAAUUAUGAUGCAAGUCUCAUGAAACAUGCAAAGCACCCUGAUACUAUUUCUAUUAUGACUAUACCACUAAUUUCAAUUCUAGGACACAUAACAGAUUGAAUUGUCAACAAUAUCAAGAGCAUCAUCAUUAUUAAAAUAUAAGCAGAGCUAAAUGUACUUUUUAAAACAAAAUUCCACUCAAUAAUCCUUAUGUGUGUAUCCUAGGUGUUUGAAUCUACUUCUGACCUUGAUAAAAUGGCUGCCCUUAUUGCUGCACUUACACACGACCUUGACCAUCCAGGGGUUAACAAUACAUUUCUCAUAGUGACAUGCAAUCAUUUGGCAGCACUCUAUCAGGUAAUCUUUUUACCCAGUCUGUCCCACAAUUUAUUGCUAUAUAUUUGUAAUGGUGUGGUCACGAUGACUACAGUUUUUGGGGUUGUCGGCAGGAUUACGCGGCCUCUUCGCACUUGCUAACUCAGCAAGCACAAGCAAAUACAGAAAUCUUUAUUUAUAAUUUCUGGACGUUUUGCAGAGUCUGUCCUAGAAGUUGCAUGUUUACAGCUAGUAUUCAUAGAUAUGGCACCUCUGCUGCAUUAGGGCCUUGUAAUGUGAUAAAGCCGGUAAGGUGGCCUAGAUGUUGAGAUUCCCAGGAUUCUGUGACUGUGCUCUAUUCACCACUAGGCUACAGGUUUUGGUGCUGCGAGCAGUGUUAAAGUGUGUCAACAAUCAAAACAAACACACACACCCCACCCUCCAGUGGCCACACAGCAACAUAUUGAUAAAUGUAUUGUUAAGUAAGCUACAAUAAUCACCUUAUGUAACUUUGACAUUCAUGCUUAAACCUAUCCUACCAUGUUAGAAGCUAGGCAUUCUUUCAAUCAAAUCUCUUUCUGUAAACCUGACUACAAUAGUUUACAAAGAAAAUAACCAAGCUUUAAAAUAUUCAAAAUCCAGUGAAACCUGGAAAUAAUGAACCUUGAAAUAAGCAUGUCCCUUUGCAUAUGUGGCAACCCCAACAUAAAAUAAUUUCUUAACACUGGUUGAAUCUGCAAAUAGCUCCAUCCCUGAAAAAUACCUCCAAUUUUGCAUUGUUUCCAGUUUUCACUGUAUAUUAAAAAAUAGAAAUGUUUUUAAUGGAAACAUGCAGCACACUCAAACAUUGUGUCACUACGAAUCAUCAACAUGGAUAUUUGAACAACCAGAAAUCUCUGUUAAUUUCAAUCACCUGACACUAAAAUUUGGUGUCCACUUGACUACUCAAUAGGAUCAUGAUAAAAAUCCCUGAGUUAAAAUUUGAACAAACUAGAAGGGAAAUUUGAAGUCAAUAUCUUCUGUUUAAGCAGAGCCUAUUGUAACAAUCAUAAUGAAAUGUAAUUGUCUCAAUGAAGAAAGCAUGCUCCUAUAAUAGUAUAUUAUUAGUGAAAUAAAUUAGAGAUUAAAAAUAAAUUUAGCUUUUGAUGACUUACAGAGCCGUGAGUUGUAAAUUGUUGCUAAUAUUUUGGGAGCUGUAAAGUGUUACUGAUAGUUUGUGAGUUGUAAAUUGUCAUACUGCGGACAAAAGAAACAAAAUUACAGUAUUAGUCAUUAACAAGACUAUGGAAUAUAAAUCUCUGUUAUAAGUUUAUGCUUAGUGUUGAGCUCAUCAUGUGAUUAUGCUGUCAACAAUGAGUGAGAUCUCCAAUAAUUGUCCACAGAACAGCUCAGUUUUAGAGAAUCAUCACUGGCGGUCUGCUGUGGGCCUUUUGGCAGAAUCAGGCCUCCUCUCUCAUUUUUCUUCACAGCAAAGGUAAAUUGUACAUCUGCUGGAUUACACCAAUUUAAUGUAGAUAGUAGGGCUAUCAAGGUACUAAUAGGAAUUUUGCUGGAUUGCACCAUUCAGUUUUGUUUAUUCUCUCACGUCUUGACUGCUUUUAUUUGAGGCAGAGAAAAGACACUAACAAAUACAAGAAUACACUACUAGUAGCAGCUCAAAAUCUCCUCACAUAAUACACUACUAUUAUUAGCUCAAAUCUCCUCACAUAAUACACUACUAGUAUUAGCUCAAAACCUCCUCACAUAUUACACUACUAGUAUUAGCUCAAAACCUCCUCACAUAAUACACUACUAGUAUUAGCUCAAAACCUCCUCAGUGAUGAACAUGCCUUGCACAAUGUUCUAUGCUACAAGAAGGGCAUCCACUCACACUAGAAAAUAAGACAAAAUAGAUGCAAACCAAAGUUAUCCCUGAUAAAUUCUGAAUUAACAUUAUAAUCUUUCACUUUUCUCUAGCCGCCCCCACCCCACUUGCAAUCAAUGCUAUUAAAGUUAAAGAUGCUCUCAACCAUUCAGAAUUAACUCCCUUUGUCAUUAGCAAUUUCAAGCUUACUACAAGAUCUGGUUUCACUGAGAAACACAGUGUCUUUCAACAGACCCGCACAUUUACUAGUGUGACAUUUCUAUUAAUGCACUAACUUCUGCAUACAUUUUUUAGUUCUCCGACUGAUAACAUCCUUGAUGAAUUUGAAAGAAAUGACUAUGAUGACCAUGUACCAGAAUGUUGUUGAGUGUAUUUUCUUAUAUUUCAGACAAUGUUUUAUCCUGCAGCUCAAAUCUUUGAUAUUAGCCACCGAUAUUACCAGGCAGCAA